AUGGGGUUUGGUGGGCGUUGGAGGAGAUGGAUUCUCUUCUGCAUUUCUAGCGCUCGGUUCUCUGUCCUUAUGAAUGGAGCUCCGACGGAUUUUUUCUCUAGCUCGAGGGGCUUGAGACAAGGGGAACCACUUUCUCCUUUCUUGUUCCUUUUUGUGAUGGAGGCUCUUAGCAGAUUACUGAAGAAGGCUGUGAAGUUGGGUUUUUUAAGAGGUUUUCAGGUGAAUGUUGGCAAGAGCCUUCUUGUGCCUGUUGGGGAUGUUCCUGAGAUUGAGAUGUUUGCUCAGAUCCUUGGAUGUUGCACUGGCUCUUUUCCCAUUUCUUACUUAGGAUUGCCUUUGGGAGGCCCUUCGAGAUAUGUGGGGAGCUGGGAUCCAGUUGUGGAUAGAUUCGAGAGGAGGGUCGUUUCGAGGUUAGGUCCUUUUUCAGGUGCCUUCCGGUUGUUUUCGAAGACCCUUUCCUCUGGAAGUCUAUUUGGUGUUCUAAGGCUCCCUUCAAGGUCGCCUUCUUUGCUUGGACUUCCGUCCUGGCAUGGCCAGAGACUCUUGGGAUUUGAUGCUUGGAUUAUUUGGGGUCAAUUGGGUUAUGUCUUGUCCUCACGACACUCUUCCGGUGAUGAGGACCAAGAAAAUGCUCUUCUUAAUGUACUUAAAGAAAACAAAGAAGCUAUAGGGUGGAGUGUGGCGGACCUUAAGGGAAUUGAUCCUUCCAUUUUUAUACAUCGUAUACUCAUGGAAGAGGAUACAAAACCCUUUUGGGAUGCCCAAAGGAGAUUGAAUCCUAACAUGAAAGAGGUAGUUAAGAAAGAAGUAGUGAAGCUUUUGGAUGCCGGAAUCAUCUACCCAAUCUUCGAUAGUAAAUGGUUGGCAUUGGCUGCUUUGCGCAAGUCAAAUGAAGUUCAUGGUGUUUUUGACUUUGAGAGAUAUCUUGGGAGCAUCCUCUCUCACCAGCAUCCUGCACACACCAUCUCAGAGCUCACUGUUCCUCUUAAUGCCAUUGAUUUUUUGGCAAGUAAACUUGAGACCCCAACUGCUGCGGAUAUGAAGCAUGUUGACCGGAAGCUCAAAUCAUGUCGGCAUCCUGGCUCACAUGACAAGUGA